AUGGACGACUUCAUCACCCUCGACUUCCUCGAAGACACCACCCCGGUCUUCGACUUCGCGCCCCCUACGCCUAACGAGCUUACGCCAGAAGGCUACGACGAGUUCAUGCGCAUGGUCGCGAACAGCGACUCACCGGACGGGUAUUUUGGCGGGUACUGCGUCGUGGCGUGA